AUGGGCAAACAGCAAAAAGAAUACAAGAACUCCAUCCGCCACAACCUGUCCCUGCACAGCCGCUUCGUGCGCGUGCAGAACGAAGGCACCGGGAAGAGCUCCUGGUGGAUGCUGAACCCGGAGGGAGGCAAGAGCGGCAAGUCCCCCCGACGCAGAGCCGCCUCCAUGGACAACAACAGCAAGUUCAGCAAGAGCAGAGGCCGCGCCGCCAAGAAGAAGCUGUCCAUGCAGGGCGGUCCGGACGGGGGCGCGGACAGUCCCGGCUCCUAUUCCAAGUGGCCGGGGAGCCCCAACUCCCACAGCAACGAUGACUUUGAUGCCUGGAACAGCUUCAGACCCAGAGCCAGCUCCAACGCCUCCUCCCUGAGCGGCCGCCUGUCUCCCUUCGUGCCCGAGGACGACCUGGGCGAGGCCGAUCACAUGGGGUACCCUGGACCCCCCGCCGCCAAGAUGACCGCCACGCUGCCGAGCCUGUCCGAGAUGACUGGCUCUCUGGGACACAGCACGGAGAACGUCAUGGAGAACCUUCUGGACAACCUCAACCUGCUCUCGCCAAAUAACUCCCAGGUCGGAGGCGGGAAUACAACUCCUUGCUCCUCCCAGUCAUCACCUUCUCCCAUGAUGCAACAGAGCCCUGGCUAUCCUUCGUACAGUUCGCCGAGCAUGGUGUCCCAACCGCAGCAGGAAGUGUACCGGAAGUGCGGGGGGUACGUCCAGGCGGGGAUGGGAAGCCUGCCGCCCAUGCCUCUGCAGAGCGUUCCCGAGACCAAGAACGCGUUCGUCUCCGCCAUGGGACAGUACGGCUGCACGGCGGGACUGCUGAAGGAGCUCCUCACCUCGGACACAGACCAACACGCAGAUCUCAUGCCGUCGGUGGAGAGCGUGGUGUCGCAGUCCAUGCUCCCGCCUUACAGCAGCAGCCAGCACAAGAUCAUGGGGCUCAACGGCCACCCCUGUCUGCAGCCCCCCCACAUGCACAGCCAGCCCCCCGCCAUGAACGCACGGAUGCUCAUGUCGCUCAACCCAAACCGCCUGCCCUCGGUCAAAACCCCCAUGCACAUGCCGUACGGCCUGCACCACGCCGUAGGAGGCUUUCCCGGGAGCUUUUGUCCCCUGAAUACCAACGGUUACGGAAGGCCAGGACCCCCGCCACCUUUGCACGCGGAGAAACUGCCCAGCGAUCUGGACGACAUGUCGAUCGAGAGGUUUGAGUUUGACAUGGAGACGGUCCUUCAUGACACUUUGAUGGAUGGAGACUCUCUGGACUUUAACUUUGAGCCGGUGGUCGGUCAGCAAGGGUUCCCUCAUGGCGUGAAGACCACCACCCACAGCUGGGUGUCAGGGUGA